AUGGCUGGACCAAAGAUUGCCUGCAUUGGCGUGAUCGGAAAAUCUGACAACCCGCUUCACAUCUCCCUCUUCCCUCCAUACACAGAUUCUACGAUUGAAUUCUCCUUCCUAUUAAAUUCGUGCCUUGACAUUUUCGAGAUCCGGCGCAAACACACAUCUAUCGACCAAGAUCUCGGUCUCCUACAUGCCAUUGACGAGAGGCUAGCAGUUUACGGCUGGCUCACAACAACGGGUGUCAAGCUGCUGAUUAUCGUGGACCUUUUUGGUCAGGAGAAUGCCAGUAAUGGAAAACCAACGGGCUCUGCAGUUAGCGGCUUGAGGGACGCGGAUGUGAAGCCAGCGUUCCGAGCUCUUCAGAGCGCAUACAUUCAGCUAUUGCAGAACCCCUUCUACUCCCCCGAUGACCACGCGCCGGCGCCAGGCUCAGCUGCAAGCUCGGCUUCCAAUUCUCUACCCAUCUCAAAUCCGAAAUUCAUCGCCGAAGUCCAGCGCAUUGGCGAAACUUGGAUUCCUGGUGCCGCCGCAUAG